AUGAAUAUCAGACCUGAAAUUCUUCACACGCUCCUGUGUCACAGCUCAGCCUCUCAGUCACACUCAGGUGUGUCAGGUUACACCUGUCUCUCUCUCUGACGUCGGCCCCGGGUCUUUGAAGCUGUUAGUCUCUCUCUCUCUCUCUCUGCAGAACUGAGGAUGGGCAGCGGAGCGUCCGUCAGCGAGGGACCCCGGCUGGAGAGGCAGGAGGGCGGGGAGGCUGAAGCCAUGAGAGCCUCCACACCUGCGGGGAGGAGCGACACCACUCUGCAGGUGAGAUACCUGAAGAUUUAAUCCAUACAUCAGAACAAAAAUAAGAAACUUCUGACAUACGGAUGGAGAAGAUCGGGAUAAAGGAGAAACAAUCGUAGCUAAAAGUGAUAUAAAGUCGUGGUUUAUCGUUUAAGGUGAACAGUUUAAUAAAUAAAUGAAUAAAACGGUGAGAAAAAAACUCUAAGAUGUGGUUUUAUUGAGUGUUUUCAGGCUGAGGAGGAAGCAGCAAAGCCGGAGAGUCACACUUUAGAAGUCCAGUCUCUGAAAAGUGAAGAAAUGAGCCCUCAGAAGGAGGAGAAGAAAGAGGAAGAAAAAAGAGAAAAAGAAAGAGAAGAAGAAGAAGAAGAAGAAGAGGGGAAGGAGGAAGAAGUAAAAGAAGAAACGACUCGGACUGUCCUGAGUCCUGCUCCUGUUGCUGUGAGUCAUUUUUUAAAAUAUUCAACCAGAACAUAAAUAAUUGAUCUGUUAUGAUACGAACGCAUGACUCAUAAAAUAACAGCAGUUAACCAUGUCUGUAAUUUCAAUGUAUCAUAAAAAUCAAUAAUCAAUUAUAUUAAAAUACUCAACUCAACUUUAUUUGUUCAGCACUUUAAAACAACCACAGCUGAACAAAGUGCUGUACAUAACUAGACAAAACAACAUUACAUUAAAGACGGUUUGUACUGUUUGUCUGAGGGAGAUUCAGAAAUGUUGAAGGUUUGAAAACUUCUUAAGACUUGAUGUCGGUACAUUGUUAAAGAGGAACAACCAAACGGAUAACAAAAUGUUAAAGAGGAACAACUUAACUGUAAAAAAAAAAUGUUAGAGAGGAACAACUUCACUGUAAAAAAAAAAAUGUUAAAGAGGAACAACCAAACGGAUAACAAAAUGUUAAAGAGGAACAACUUCACUGUAAAAAAAAAAAUGUUAGAGAGGAACAACUUAACUGUAAAAAAAAAAUGUUAGAGAGGAACAACUUCACUGUAAAAAAAUGUUAAAGAGGAACAACCAAACGGAUAACAAAAUGUUAAAGAGGAACAAAAGUGUUAAAAAAAAUGUUAAAUAGGAACAACCAAAUAGAUUUUUUUUUAAAAUGCUAAAAGGGUAACAACAGAACAGUUAAAAAGUUGUUAACGAGGAACAACCAAUCGGACAAAAAAAAAACGAAUAAAAAAAAAGGUUAAAAAGUGAUAACCAAACAAACAAAAAAAAAAUGUUAAAGAGGAACAACAAAAGAGUGAAAAAGUUGUUAAAGAUAAACAACCAAACAGAUACAAAAAUAUGUUAAAGAGAAACAACUAAACUGAUAAAAUAUAUGUAAAAGAGUAAUAACCAAACAGAUAAAAAAAGUUAAAGAGUAAUAACCAAACAGAUAAAAAAAGUUAAAGAGUAAUAACCAAACAGAUAGAAAAGUUGUUAAAGAGGAACAACAAAACAGUGAAAAAGUUGUUAAAGAGGAACAAUCAAACAGAUAAAUAAAUGUUAAAGAGUAAUAACCAAACAGAUUAAAGUCCUGAUCUUUUGUCUUGUUUGUGGAGUCGGUUUAAACACCUGACUCGGUCUCGCCGUCUCUCUCUGCGUCUCUCGAUCUUUUCAAAGGAAUCGGUCUCAGAGAGCGAAGAGCUGUCUUUGGAUUUCGAGAGUUUCCUCCACAACAACGGGACUCUGUACAGCUGCUUCAACCAUCACGGGAACAGAGUUUAUGUGGACGAGGCACACGUAGGAGCUGAAAAUCCACUUUUUCCUGUUUCUCUGUCUGAACUUUGGGUCUUUGCGGUCUGGUUUAACUCCUCGUUGUUGCUCCUCCUCUUCCUCCAGAAGCUGCAGCCUUUUCCUAAAGAGUGGUUCAGUCAGGGACACUUCAUCAGCCCCAACACUGAGGUCUGACUCUCUCUCUCUUUUCUGAACUUUAAAAACACAAACUCACCUGAAGGUCACAGGAAACAGGUCUGUGUUUUCACCCUCAGACCUCCACCCAGCUCCAGACUCAGACCAGCAGCCAGACGGCCGUCAGGGAGGAUGACCGGACCGGCAGCAUCUACAUCCAGGGCAAAGGGACCGUCAUGACCUACAUGUUCGAGGUCAGACUGAAGCAGCUUCCUCACAGUAACUUCAUCAUCAUCAUCAUCAUCAUCAUCGUCGUCGUCUGUUUCUUUUUGCUGACUCUGCAGUUGUUGGUUUUUUUCCAGGAGAGGGUGAAUGUGUGCCGGUUCUGGGAUCCUCACUCGGGUCUCUGGCUGCUGCUGCCGCUUCAGUGGGAGAUAAAUGUCGAGUUCGUCAAAGAUCGGGUCCAACGAGUCAUGGUGAGGAGGACUCUGGUGUUACUCUGUGUACCCUCUUAAAGACUAGGACUAAACUGCUGGUUUCUGGUUCUAGUCCACUCUGCCAGGCCUGGUGGACCAGAAGGAGAUCACCGCCGCCCUCAGACAGUGUAACUACGACCCCGACGAGGUCAUCUCCCUCUACCUCACCAUGUUCGGGGAAAUCCUCCUGCAGGUCCCUCCAGGUGGAGACCAAAACUACGCAGAUCUCAACUCCUUCAGGUCUGCAGCAAACUCAACUUUAUUUAUAGAGCACUUUAAAUACGACCAAAGCUGAAACAAAGGGCUGCACAGAAGAACAUAAAGACAUAAAACAACUUUAAAUAGUUUUUUAAAAUAUGAUAAAAAGCAAUAAAACAAACACUGUUUUAAAAAUGGACAGUGAGGGAGAUCGUCUGAUGUGGAGAAGUUAGUUGUUCCAUAACGUAGGAGCAGCAACAGAAACAGUUCGGUCUCCUCUGAACCUCCCCUAAGACCUCGGUACCUGCAGGAGCAGCUGGUCAGCUGACCUGCGAGCGUAGGGGUGAAGCAGCUCAGAGAGGUAUGAUUGGACCAGAACAUUUAAGGUUUUAAAAACAAAUAAAAGAAACUUAAAAGGAAUUUAAAAACGGGAGUGAUUCUCCCCUCUUACACAAUCGGGUUAAAAGACGAGCGGCCGCAUUCUGGACCAACUGGAGACGUGCGAGCGAAGACUGACUGACUCCAUAAUGAAGUGCGUUACAGUAAUCCAGCCGAGACGUGAUGAAGACGUGGAUUAAUGUGUCAAAGUGCUUUUGUCCAAGAAGUGUCUUCACCUUUUCCAGCUGCCUAAGGUGGAAAAAACUGAGACUCAAGACCGAGUCGUGGAGGUCUACGAGUCAGAACAGUGAGGGUGUUAGUCUGGUAUAGACUCGGUCUGAGGGUCCUGAGGGGUAAAAGAUCAGGGUUUGAGGACUUGGAUUUGUUCUUAAAAACUUUUUUUUUAUACAUAAAAAAAAAAGUUAAAAAAAAAACUUGUUGAACAGUUUAAAGAAGUGAGCUGUAACUGAGAAGAAUCAGAUACAGAGGAGUAUGUUUCAGUGUCGUCUGCAUAGAGACGAACUUCUCUAUUAUUUACAAGGAGAAUAAACUUCAGUGGUCCAAACAACGACACUUGGGGAACUCCUGAGAGCUGGAGGUUCGGCCUCUAACCAGCACACUCUGAGUCCUGUCCAUCAGGUCUUUGUUGAGAUGAACCGUCUCACCAGUCUUUGUCGGAGUCCUGCAGGGUCCACAGUGAGCUUCACCGAGCCGCUUAUUGUCUUUAUAACCCUAAAAUCUUGAAGAGCAGCCGAGGUCGUUUUGUGCUGUUUCCUGGAACCAAACAAGAAGUCGGAUCGAAUUUAGUCAGAGUUUGAAAAGUUCCUUCAGCUGAUCACCGAUUCUCUCGUCUCAGCUAGGACAGGAAACUUUGACAGAGGUCCACAGUUAUGUAAAACCAUCUUUCUUUGACCCUGCAGGGCCCUGCUGGAGAGAGACCGGGUCAUCGAGGAUCUAAAGCAGAAACUUCAGACCAAAGAGAAAGACGCAGACAACCUCUUCCAGAGGAACAGCUACUUAGCCAGAGAGGUGCGAUACCUCAGCGAGGUCGUCCAGCACCUGAACCAGAAGUUAGCCGAGCUCGAGGCCGACCAGCAGGAAGCUCGGGAGAAGAUCCGAUCCCUCCUGCACCGCCGUGCCCCUGCCGUCCCACCAACCAAAACCGUCACCAAGUCCUCUGUGGAGCCAGACCUGCUCCGCCAGGUGAGCCGCCUGACCCGGGAGCUGAACGUCUCCAACAAGCAGCUUCGAUCCACCGUCCACCAGACGCUGAACGACAUGAAGAACCAGCUGGAGCAGCUGAAGGGCGCGGUGGGGAAACUGGCCCAGGGGGAGCUGGAGGCAGCCGGGGAGGUGGAGGAGCUGAGAUCUCUCUACAGGAAGGAGGCGGUGGAGAGGAAGAGUCUCUACAACAAGCUGCUGGAGCUGCAGGGAAACAUCCGGGUGUUCUGUCGCUGCAGGAAGAGCUCCAGCUCCAACCCCUGUGUGGAGAAGACCGAGGAUCAGGAGGUGGUGGUGGUCCAGAAGGGAAGUAAGAAGAGGUUCCAGUUUGACAAAGUCUUCUCUCAGAGCAGCUCUCAGGUGAGGACGGUUUCCUGGUCCUUCUCUCCUGAUUGACCGGUCCUGGUUCCUUCAGAUCGGGGUUAUCACUGUUUAUGUCACGGCUGAGUUCAGGAUGAAAACAUGUUUACCAUCCCAUAAUUUCUGCACCUUCAGGAUCAAUAUUCUUCUUAAUGAUCUUCAUGUUUUGGUCCACACAGUCCUGGAUCUUUGGAGUCAUUUUAGAGGAAUAUUUGCUGCCUGUGUCUGAGCUCAAUAACACCUCAUCCUCAUCCUUCAUCCUCUUAAACAUCACCGUGAGGAAUGAUAAUGUGCCGUCAGGGAAGGCCUUAACGAGCCGUUAGCCUUAACGAGCCGCAGAACCUAACGAGCUCUGUGAUGUCCCACAGCUGCAGCCCUGUAUCCAUGAGAAAAUGAUUGGAGUGAAUUGAUUAGUUUAGCCUGAUCUAAUGACAGGCGGUGACGCCGUCUUUUCAGAGAUGGUCUCACUGAUUCUUCUUCGAUCUCUGCAGGACGACGUGUUCGCAGGAACCCUCCCCGUCAUAACCUCGUGUGUUGAUGGAUAUAACGUCUGCAUCCUGGCCUACGGACAGACCGGCUCGGGAAAGACCUUCACCAUGAUGGGCAACAAGGAAAACCCCGGAGUCAACAUCAGGUUCAGCUGCUCUAACAAUGUUAAAGGGAUGUGCCGGCGUAAAUUUAAGUUAGGGUCAAACACGCCGUAACACCGCGCUCAACCAAAACGCCACUCUAUAGCCACAAAUAAUGCUCAGAACGUCCGGCAGAAUUAGAAGCCCUGCGGACCGCCGGAGCCAAUCCACAGUGGAGACAGACACCAGACGGAUUCUGUGAAAUCACACACAUUGAUUUCAAUGCUUGCGACCAGGCUGCCGUGCCGGAGCGGAGUGGAGCCGUUCCGGGUCCUGUGGGUUGUGCGCAUUAUUUGUGUCUAUAGAGUGGCGUUUCGGUUGAGGGCGUGUCUCUCUGUAUUACUAUCCUGCGGUCGUUACUAAAGUUGGUAUAACUAGAGAAGCAAGCGGUCGACAACAUUCAUCUCUGGAGGGGGUGUCGUUUACGCCGGAAUAUCCCUUUAACGUUACUCUGCAGGUGUGAAAACACAGGGGUCGGUUUGACAGUGGAGUUCACUCGUUCUUUAUCGACCCGUCAGGUUUAAGAUCCCUCUGCUGUCAUUCACCCCCCCCCCCCCGAGUCUGGAACAAGGACCUGCUGUCAGGGGCCAAAUGAGACUAAUUGUGUGUCGUUAUGUGACGUGUCAGCUGACAUGGGUUCAUCAAUAAGUGAUGAGAGUCGGUUUACAGGAGAGCUCGAGUGUCCUGUCAGAGAGGACACAAACAACAGCCUCAUCCCGUCUCCUGUUACACACACACACACACACACACACACACACACACACACACUGACAGGACGGUGUGUUUGUGUCCGCAGGUCCAUACGGGAACUUCUCCGCAUCUGUGCAGAGAAAGACAAAGUCUCCUACACUCUGAAGGUUUGACUCCUAAAUACACUCAAAAACUUCCUGUGACGCCGAGUUCAGUGUGAACGUGAUCAAAGUUAUCAGCCUGACUCUGAGACCUGCACCUAAUUAUUAAAAAACUCUGAGGAGCUCUUACUAGAAGGUUUACGGUAAUUUUUCUACUUCCAGAUAUCGAUGUUGGAGAUUUAUAACGAGACUCUGAACGACCUUCUGACCAAAAACCCGGGCGCCGCUCUGGACAUCCGAGUCCAGGGGAAGUCGGUGUCUGUCCCAGGACUGACCCAGAUCCAGGUCCAGACCGAGGCCGACAUCCUCAACGUCAUGGAGACGGGAGAGAAGAACCGCAAGAUCGCCUCGACCAAGAUGAACACUCAGAGGUGACGCUUUGACUCUGACUCGGGAAUAUGGACGCCAAAGUUCAGAGUAUGAUGUGACGCCUCUUCUCCCCCCCAGCUCUCGCUCUCACCUGGUGGUGGCGCUGGAGGUGGAGGGCUCGGACGAGGUGUCGGGGCUGACGUCUCGAGGAACCCUGACCUUGUGUGAUCUCGCUGGAUCUGAGAGGAUCUCAAAGACGGAGGCGGAGGGUCAGAGGCUGGUGGAGGCCGCCGCCAUCAACAAAUCACUGACAGCGCUGGGACAGGUAAGGAGACUCUGAGGACCCACCUGGUGGGGGUCCGGAGUCAACCUGACUCAGAUUUAACAGGCCGUGUGCCGUCCUCCUGGAGGUUUGAUCGCUCAGGUCAAAGGUCACUGCUUUCUCUUCUCCAGGUGUUCAGCGCUCUGAAGUGUAACGCUCUCCACGUCCCGUUCAGGAACUCCAAACUGACCCACCUCCUGCAGCCCUGCCUCAGCGGAGACGCAAAGGUAAAGGUGUCCGGACUGCCGGAGCGUCUAACCCCCAAUUUCCACCGCACCUGAAACAUCUCCUAAAAGGUCGUAUCCUCCGAUCGUAGCUGAUCGUAACCAUUCAAGUUAACGUGUCGAUUUACACCGACUUCUUUCCUUUCUUCUGCGGAUCGCCGGACUCCUCAGCUGAUCACAAGAGUUCUAGUUUUUCUGGACGCCGGAGCAUGGCGGAUAAAUUCAGCACAGAUUAACCCGUGCUGGAAAGGAAGUCGGGCACAGACACAAAAUAAAACAUCCGUCUUCUUUUCAAAAUAAAACACUCCGUGUUUCAGGAGGAUCGUAUUUCACACCAUGCAAACGGGCGGAGACGAACAAGUGAAAGGUUUUUAGACGUCAUUUCACCCCGAUGACACCAUGGAUGAGGAGAUGCUGAUUCUAGAAGUCUAGAAGUAGAUUUCCUCCUCUGGAAGGACACAAUCUACUGCUUAUAUGUCUAUGUGUCUGUCUUUAUAGAGACAACUCGUUAUUGUGUGAUUGAACGUGAAUCCGCGGGUUCUUAUGAGUUCUCGCGAUUCCUGCUGUCUGUAAUCCUCCGCGAAAUUCGCCUCACAAAUGGAUCCGGUAGGAAUUGGCGUACGUCGUAAAUCGCAGCUGUUCCAGAUCGGAGCCGUUCUGGAUGCGGUGAAAAUUGGGGGUUAGAAGCUGCAGCUCUAACAACAUGAUAGAGGAAUCAGUGUGAACAGGUUCUUCUUCUUCUUCUGUGGUUUCUCUGUCUCUGCAGUGUUGCGUGUUCGUGAACGUGAGUCCAGACAGCAAGGACGUGACGGAGACUCUGAGCACGCUGCAGUUCGGCUCCACCAUUCGGCAGGUUUCACUUGGAAAAGCGACGCAGAACGUUGUACCGGCGAAAAACAAGACCGCCAAGUAG